CGUCAAAUUGGUCAACACAAAUCGUCACUUCUCCUCGGUUCAGGCGGGCUGGUUGAACAGCGUAGCAAAGUCUUCCGUUAACUGUUGUGUAACAGAAGUUGCAUUACUUUGAUAGUUUAACGUGCUAGUAAGCUAAAGUAAAGACAUUUCACGUGGUGAAUGAUCGGACGCAUGUUAGCAUUUAAAACUAUCGAUGAUUAAAGCCAGGUUAGCUUCUCCAGCGUGCAAACAUUAGCUUGUGUUUCUUACAUCAACGUCAGUUUUGCAGCUGAUUGGUUAACGUUAGCUUAAUAAAAUUCACAAGCAAUGGACCGACCAUCAAGGAAGACAAAGACUGUGAAUUACUGUGAAGCCAAGGACUUUGAUGAUGCAGAUGAUGAUUUUGCCUGUGCGAUGGCUCCACCCAGCAAAAAGGCCAGGGAGGAUGUGAAACAAGAGCACAAGAGAUCGUCAAGCCAGUCCUUCGGUCAAGAGUCCAACUCACAAUCCACAGUGAUACAGAAGAGCAGAAGACCAUUGGAUGAGAAGUUGCAUGAAAGAGAUCUAGAAGCAGCCAUUACACUAUCCCUGCUGAAUAAUGCAGAUGGGAUAAAAGACCAGUCUUCGACCAGUAAAGGAGAUGUCAAGGUUCAAGAUCCAGUAGAUGAAAACACAGAUCCAGCGUCUUUGCACUUGUCCAACUGCAGUGUGUAUACUGCAAUUUUGGGCCUGGAUGAAAUCACACUAGAAAAAGAGUCACUUGCCCUUUCAAGACAGAGAAAGGAGUCUGUCACUAAAGCCACUGAGGAGCAUAAGAAAAAGCCUAUGGAUGAAGAUGAAGACUAUGAGCCCAAGCUGAUGCCAGAUUCAGAAAGUGAUGAAGAUUUCAGUGAACCAGCUGAGAGUGAAGAUGAGGAAUUCACAGUGAAGAAAGUCAGCAAAACAAAAAAGGAGAAAGCAACCAAGAACGUGAAGACCAAACCGCAGCCUUCUGCCUCUAAAAAAGAAAAGCGAACAUCAAAACCGUCAAAGUCCAAAUCACAGGCAGCAGGUUGUCUCACAGCAGCUUCCACACCAGUGAGAAGUCCUCCAACAGCCAAACUUGCACCCAAAAGACCGGCGUCAUCCUCCACAGCUUCCACAUCGAAACCUGCAUUCUCUCUGAACCCAGCAGGGGGCAGAAUACCCAAGUGGACCCCACCAGGUCAAAUUGGUAGAAGUCCUAAUUCAUCCCAGAGUCCAGCAGUGAAGUCUCCAGGUCAGGGUCUGCGACUAGGGCUGUCCCGUGUGGUUCGAGUCAAACCUCUUCACCCCAGUGUUGCGAGUCACUGAUUGAAUAACCACCAGUCUUGUUGUGUUAGCUUUAUCACUUUUUUUUUUUUAAAUAAACC